AUGGCACAGAAAACCCAAACCGCCAGUAGUUCCGAGGACCAAUCCGCCAGCGCCACUCCCUCUGCACGGGACGCUUCCGAUUCUACGCAGCCCGCCACUUCGGCCGCGUCAACCUCCAAAGCAGCUUCUGCCGUCCAGAAGUCCCACCAGACGGAGCUCGACGCGGCCCUGCGCAACACUUCGCAACCCAUGGCCAAGUCGUCCUCCGCAGGCUCAGACCCCACCGCCAAGGACGCUGGUAUCGAGGCCGCGAACCCCUAUGGGACGCGAUCACGAAACCGCAAUGGAUCGUCGCGCCCAAAUUAUGCAGAGGACAAGGACCUGGACGUCGACAUGUAUGAUUACGCCCCCGAGAAGAAGGACCAGGAGUCCAAGAAGUCGGCGCGUCACAGCAAUGUGUCGGCCACGCCCGCCCAAGAGGGCGCGCGCACCAACGGCUCAGCCCGUAAGGCUCUCCCAUCCGACGACACCAAGCCAGCUCCUCCUCAGAAUGGAGCAAAGGACGUGCAGUCCGCAAACCCAUCCCCAGCAACGCAAGCAUCGGCCUCGGCAAACUCGACGCAACCUUCGAAAAAGCGCAAGGCAGCUUCACACGCCGCGACUGCCACUUCUCAUGCCCAGGCCGCGGCGACAACAUCGUCGUCGGGUGCCGGCACAGGCGCUUCACGAAAAACGGCAUCCGGCCCUUACGCUAGCUCGUACGCAGAGACGAACAUGCUCAGUUUCGAGAGUUCUGGUGCGGUCCCCAAAGACGGAAAAUUGGUGGCGGAUGACGGUACCGUCCUAGCACCCAAUGACAAUGUCUAUCUUGUGUGCGAACCCCCAGGGGAGCCGUACUACCUGGGCCGCAUCAUGGAAUUUCUCCAUGCGCAGAAUGACAACACCAAGCCGGUUGAUGCACUUCGCAUCAAUUGGUUCUACAGGCCCAAGGAUAUCGGGAAAAAGGUCAAUGACACCCGCUUGGUGUUUGCGACGAUGCAUUCCGAUAUCAGCCCUCUGACAGCUUUGCGUGGCAAGUGCCAAAUCCUACACAAAGCAGAAAUCCCCAACAUGGACGAGUAUCGAAAGAUUUCGGAUUGCUUCUGGUAUGAGAAACUCUACGACCGAUACAUCCAGAAAAACUACGAUCUCAUUCCCACGUCGACAAUCGUGAACGUGCCCGAGAGAGUCAAGAAAGUACUGGACGAGCGCUGGAAAUUCGUUAUUGUGGAGCAGGGUCGCGGAAAAGAGUUCACUAGUGCAGUGAAGCUCUGCAAGCGAUGCAGCGGCUACUGUGCAAGCAAUGACUCGGUCGACUGUGCUGUGUGUAAGAAGACAUACCACAUGAACUGCGUCAGGCCACCGCUACUGAAGAAGCCUUCGCGAGGCUUCGCUUGGUCCUGCGCUGCAUGCAGUCGCGCCCAGGAACGCAAAUUGGAGGCUCGUCAUACACCUAACCUACUGGAUCCCGCAGGCGACGGCGACGACGAGGAUCUCUACGAUGACGAUGACGAAGAGAUGCAUGUCGACACCGAGCGGACAAGCCCCGCCGACGACGACGACUCUCACCGCACGGGCACUGCGGAGCAAAUCUACCAAGCCAGCCUUUGGCCUUGGCGGUACCUCGGAAUGCACUGCAAGCCUGAGGAUGCCCUGGAUUACGACGACCGAAUCUACCCUCGUGCUAGUACUCGAAUUGGUCCCAAGCAUCAAGCUACUGUGCUCCCAUGGCCUGGCCAGCCUGUGCAGUACCAAAAGCCUCUUGAGUUUAAGAGAACCGGAAAGAAGGGACCGGGUUUGUCGAAGGAGGCGCUGGCGGCUUUGGAGGCUGAGAAGUCCCGUCGCGAGAAGCGCCCUAAGUGGGUUCAGGAUGAGCCUCCCGGCUAUGUGGCAAGAGGUGAAGAUUACGACGACGACGACGACCCGAACGCGACGGCCACCCGAUUGUGGGCCCCGCCUCCAGCGACUGAGAAGACCAAGGACUGGGAGGCCAAAGUCGACCGGUACAUGAAGAAGGCGGAAGAGCUGGCGCCCAAAUUCAAUCUGCCCAAGAACUCCACCAACCUCCACGAUGUCGCGCUGGAAACCUACUACCACAGUGGUUACAGUGAAGACCGCGCUCUAAAGCUUCUUUCCGAAGUGGACAAAUCAGCUUUCAAAGAGCCCGACCUGACGGCAACGGAGCAGAAAAAGUUCGAGGAAGGCGUCGGGAAGUACGGGUCCGAGCUUUAUCUCGUCAAACGACAUGUCAAGACCGUUCCACCCGGUACAAUCGUGCGGUAUUAUUAUACUUGGAAGAAGACUCCUCAAGGUAAACAGAUUUGGGGCAACUUUCAGAAUAGAAAGAGCAAAAAGGAGGCCAAAAAGGCAGAGGUCGCUGCGAGCAAGCUGCAGGACGAUAUCGCAGACGAUGCCGACGACUCCGCGUUUGACGGCGACAAAGCGCACAGCAAGAAGAAGGGUUUUGUGUGCAAGUUCUGUCAUACCAAAUACUCGAGGCAGUGGAGGCGAGCUCCCAACGCAUCAGGGACUCCCGUGAGCGAAGGCGGGGGCAAGAACUCCAGCAAGGACAAGAACAACCAGUAUAUCCAAGCACUUUGCCGCAGAUGUGCUGAGCUCUGGCGGCGCUAUGCUAUACAGUGGGAAGAUGUUGACGAGGUGGCCAAGAAGAUUGCUCAAGCGGGCGGCCGAGCCUGGAAGAAACGUCAGGACGAGGAGCUCCUCAAGGAACUCGAGGCCGCCAAGGAAAUGCACACCUACUGGAACACGCCUCCGCCGCCCAAUGCCCCGGAGCCGGCCACUGCAGUGCCUGCGGCACCCUCAAGCGAGCCACCACGCAAGAAGCUCAAGAGUUCCGCCCCAGACAGAGACUCGGAGCCGUUGGCGUCGGACUCUACUCCGGCUGCCGCCCCUACCAAAAAGAAGGAGAAGGCCAUUGAGAAACCGGCCCCUCCACCGGCACCUGAGAUCCCGAAGCCCAAGACCAUGCCCUGCGCAAUCUGCGACCAGCUGGAGCCAUUGGGAGACCAGCAUCUGUCUUGCAGGGAGUGCCGGUUGACAGUGCACCGCAACUGCUACGGAGUUGUUGAUAACAGAAACCCCGGCAAAUGGACAUGUGACAUGUGCGCCAACGACAAGAGCCCACAGGUUUCGAUCCAAUACAAGUGUGUCUUGUGCCCGAUUGAGCACACGGAACAUGACUUUGUUGAGCAGCCUAAGAUAUCUGCUUCCAAGAAGAAGUCAGAGAAGGAGAAGGAGCGCGAACGGGUCGAGCGUGAACAAGCACAGAAGGCUGCCGACUACUACAGGAAGAAGCAGGAAGAGAAUAACCGACCAGUCAACCCUCGGGAACCUUUGAAGCGAACUGCAGACAACAACUGGGUCCAUGUUACCUGUGCCGUUUGGACGGCUGAAGUCAAGUUUGGCAACGCAAAGGCACUGAGCCCGUCUGAAGGUAUCCCUUCUAUUCCUCGAGUGAGGUACGAUGAGGUUUGCAAGGCCUGCAGCCACAAGGGUGGCGCCUGCGUUGCCUGCUAUAAUUGCCGCAGUCCUGUCCACGUUGAGUGUGCUCGUCAGCAAGGCUACCUACUCGGCUUUGACAUCACUCCUGUCAAGGGGUCUCGCCGUGAUCAGUUCAACCUUGUUACCAUCAAUGGCGAGAGUGGCGUCAUGUCAGCCACAGUGUGGUGCAAAGAACAUGUCCCGACAAAGAGCGUCAUACAUCGUAUGCACGACGUUGUUAACGAUGACGGGCUUAAUGCUCUGCAGCUUUACGUGCAAAGCUACAAGCAGGCAGAUCUCACAUUAACUGGUACAGUCCGAAAGGCCAAUCUUAUGACGAAUGGUGCCAAGAUGGGCGGUAUUCCUGUCACGCCAAGUACUCGGCGGGCAUCAACCACGGCCAUGCCUGCCAACGGCACUUCACACAGCGGGAACAAUAGCGAAACGGCAAGCGAUCAUCAAGCAGGCGAGAAGAUUUGCAUCACCUGUGGCAUCGAUGUCAGUCUCAAGUGGUGGUCCAUCGAAAACUCAGACGAGCGAGAACUCACCAACGGCCACUACGGAAGCCUCGGGUCGGAGGCUCAAAAGUUCGUGGAGCAGAGGAAGUUCCAGUGUCACAAGUGCCGGAAGCUGAAGCGAAAACCCAACCCCCAUCCGCCCAAGGACCCGUCCCCAGUCGUCGAAGCCGCGAGACUCGUACCUCCGCUCCCAGUUGUUCCGCCGCACCACGCACUGGCUGCACCCCCUCCGGGCCCUCCGUCCUUGAGAAGCCCACCGACAACCGGCCCAGAGGCAAGGGCUCGCAGCCUCUCGUCAUACGCCUGGGUAGCCCCGGCACCGCCUCCGCCUCCGCCUGCCUCGCAGCCUGCGGCUCCUCCCCCACCGGUUGUUCCUGUCGCACCACCGGUCCAGGCUGCCCCAGCGCCUCCCCCUAUCCCACCAACGGCACCUCACCAGGCUCCAAGCCCCUACGGCCCUCCUCCGGCGCCAAGAUAUGGAGACUGGCAUAGUCGUCCACCCGCCCGGCACAGCUCGCCACCCCAGCGACCGCCGCCGUUCCAGCCUCUGUCGACGUUGCGUCCUCCGCCGAUGGCAGUGCCUACACACUCCCCGAUGCCCACAGCCGUUCCCGCCGGGCAUAUGGGUCAGCCUGCUCAUAACGGAAUACCGUCUUCGCCCUCGCCCUUAAUGGCCGGGCCCAUGUCCCACGGAUCACACGGAUCACACAGCUCGCACGGCUCACACGGGUCGCCGUACAUACACCCUUACCGACAAAGUCCCCACGGACCACCUCACGCCUUGCCUAAUGGCGGUCCUCAGCCGAGGGGCCCUGAUGCGUUUGCGCAAGGACUUCUGCCUCAACGAGCGCCAUACGGCAGUCCUCCUGCCCAUGACGCUGGAGGUCCUCUGAGGACACCCAGCAUGCGCCCGAGCAACGAACCCCCUCGACCAGCGGGAGCAAGUACCAGCCCGUCACUACGUAACCUGCUCUCCUGA